GGCUCUCGAGCAUUACUCUGUGUUGGCCAAACCUCCGUCGCCGAGAAUUGCGCCGUGCUGAAAGAAUUGUGCAAUCUGAACAAUCUCCUAAUUUCAUUCUUUGAUUGUUCUUUUCUUUCGCACUCUACCUGUUCGACGAUUUGCUCAGCCUAUAAAAACCCGCUGAACCAGAACCGCCAAGUUACAGAAAAGAUUGCACAAGAAUGAACCAAUCGAAGGACCCCUUCGAGGCCGCUUACGAGGAGCAGGAAGAAUCCCCGCCUGAUUCACCGCUUGCCCCUGACGACCUCGACGGCCGACCAUCUUCACCUCCUUCCGCAGCUGCACCCGCUUCUCAGGACGCAGCCACAGCCCCAGAUGACGACGAAACUGGCACCGCCGGUGUCAAUCCUUCCGACCCCUCGCCUUCGGCUCCCGCCUCGGCCUCCGCUAAAAUUAAGCGCAACAGCAAGGAGGAGGACGAAGAUGAAGAGGAGGAGAACGUGGAAGUAGAGCUAGCCAAGUUCCCUUCGAGUGCCGACCCUAAUAAAAUGGCCAAGAUGCAAACUAUUCUCUCACAGUUCACAGAAGACCAGAUGAGUAGAUACGAAUCAUUCAGGAGAUCUGCCCUUCAGAAGGCUACCAUGAAAAGGUUGUUGGUAAGCAUUACAGGGUCACAAAAGAUUUCUAUGCCAGUGACAAUUGUAGUUUGUGGGAUAGCCAAAAUGUUUGUUGGUGAACUUAUUGAAACAGCAAGAAGCGUGAUGACAGAACGAAACGAAUCUGGACCAAUCAGGCCUUGUCACAUUAGAGAAUCAUAUAGACGACUAAAGCUCGAAGGCAAAGUACCAAAAAGAUCAGUGCCAAGGCUCUUCCGUUAGAUUCUCUGGAAUGCUGAUGCGCUGGUCAACUAUUCAAGUUUCAUUCAUUCGUAAAUCUUGAGGUUACACAUCAGUUCUCGCACUAUCUUAUUUCCUUUAACAUGUCGAUUGAUAUGGAAACAUAUAGAAUGGUGAUUUCUUAUUCCUUCUAGUUUGGUAUUUGGUUCCUCAACCUAUCAUGUCUCAUGACUGUGGGCGGCGAGAGUUCGAUUCAGCAUGCCAUGUAAAGCAACGAGCCACCUUUUUGGAAUUUGUUAUAGUGUAUAGUUUAGUGGUGAUGGGCAAAUUGUUCAGUAAAUAUGAUUUGCUGGUGAUUAACUCAUAAUUGAUAAAUCUUAGUGGGGCUAGUGAGUGGCAUUCUAUCUGGAUUCCUUGGGAUAAAAGUCUCCAGCUUGGAUUGGCAUAAUGGAAAACAAUCAUUUGUGGACAUUGAUUAUUGAUGUUAAAAUAAUCGAGUUAUCAUGCUGUUUCUUGCCAUUUAUGUCACAGCCUCCUGUUGGUGAUAGAACACAUGAACAUGUAUCUAUGAUCUGGUUUUGUGAAUGGAGAGUGUGCUGCUUGCUCCUCGGUGCCUGCCUGUUCCUCCACACGUAGGUUUCACGGGUGUUUAAAUGGAUCAGAUCUGGAUGGGCCGGGCCGGGCAAUAAGGGCACCCUGAUUGGGCGGGCUUUUAAGCAUCCCACCCAACGGCUGCCAUUGGGUUGUCCUGUCCAGCGUCCAAGCCAAGAAGAUACGUCAACAAUGCGAACAACAAGGCAGAAAGUGGAUCCAAUGUUGUAAGGACAGUAGCAAAGGUACCGUAUUAUAUUAUAUUGCACGCCAUGAAAUGAAUCGGUCCAAAAUCUCAACAUAUAAAAUCCCAAGCUUUGGCUAGUUUCAUAUUUUCUCCCCAAUGAUACCGGCGAUCUUUAUCGUAAUUAAUUAUUUUUAUAAUUGAGAACCGUUAGAUUAUAGAGAAAUGAAGCAGUCGUGGGAGGUUAAUGAGAUUUCCUUCUUUUUCUUUAGUUAGGGUUUGGGGGAAGGGAGUUGCUACUUUUUUUUUUAUUUUUAUGAACAUGAUACUCAUAUUAUUAAAUCAGCAUUGAGCACUCAAAAAUAUGGGAAACGAGUUCAAGUAACAGACUAGACACAACCCAUGAAAGAUCCCAUACAGAAGUGUUUCUCUUCCUCUGCAACCAUCUUUAUUGCUUUUAGGUUCGUGCAGGCUUCAGCACUCGUUGGUGCUCGACAUUGGAUUCUCUCGGCUUUCAUGUUAUAUCCCUUAUGAACAUCUUUGAUGAUGAUGUAAAUAUACGCCUUGCAGGAUGUUACUUCCGAAGGCACAAUUGCACGAGAUUACUUUGUCGUAAUUCCUCAAAUGAGGGCCUAGAUUUGAUGAGAUUCCCUAGACUGAGAAUGUCUACCAUUCUUCGAGUUCUUUCCCUGCACAAACCGAAAUAUUAAUCGGGGAAAAUUGCAUCAUCAAAGACAUUUGAGUUUCUUACUCAUCCAUAGUAUAAAAGUCUACAUUGCGU